CUAAAAUGAGAGGGGGGAUUAUCUGCUUAGAGUAUAAAGCUGUCCAAUGUGACCCUGGAUUCCUUUGUCAUGGAAGAGCAAACACUCAGAAAGAAAUGCCUCUUUACUGAUUAAGGCAUCUGUACUUGUGCUACGUGGGUCCCCUUAGAGACCCCCUAAGGAAUUAAAAAAAAAUCACCGAGAGAGGCUCAUUGAUCCAGCAGAACUGCUUCAUAGUGAUGUAACCACAGCCCCAGUUGAAAAAAAAAAAACCAGUGACCAGACAGUUUGUUCUUCAGUGACAGCAAACAUCACACCAAACAAAAAACAUCAAUUGCGGGAAGAAAUGGCUGCAGAACGGGGGGAUGCAUCAGCUCUGGGUCUCCAGUUCCCAUCUGUGGUCGACCAGGGGGUGAAUACCACCAUGAAAAUGGAGGAUGAGGAGCCUGAAGAAUCGAAGCCAGAGAUGAGAUUGGAGGAGGCAAGAGAAGACCAACAUAGUGCCCGUGUGGGGGCAGCAGGGCAGUGCCCAAGAUGGAGAACACCACUGCAUAUUAAACAGGAACCCGAGGAUGGGCUUUCCACUCAGCACUGGGAAACACAUUGGCAGGAAUUCCUAGGGGGCGUCCCAUCUCCUCAAGUAGGAUGGGGAUCCAGAGAGCUACCAGGGGCUGCACUGUGGGGAGACAUGAAGGCCCCUAUGGUCCAUUUUGAGGCAUCCACAUCCACUGCCCAGCAGCCUGCAGAAGGACCAUUUAUCCGUCCGCUGCCGAGUUUUGACGGAAUGCCUCGGCAAGCAAGCCCCAGACCUGAUUCGAGAAGUGGCAGAGAAUUAAAGAAAGUGAAGGAGGAGAUGGGAAGCGAGGACAGCACAAGUACGGAGAUGCAACGCCAGCACUUCAGGCAGUUCCUUUACCAGGAGGCCGAGGGGCCCCGAGAGGUUUGCAGCCGUCUCUGGGACCUUUGCCACCAGUGGCUGAAGCCAGAGCAACACACCAAGGAGCGGAUCUUGGAGCUGCUGAUCCUGGAGCAGUUCCUGACUGUUCUGCCUCUGGAAAUGGAGAACUGGGUCCGGGAAGGUAGGCCAGAGACCUGUAGUCAGGCAGUGGUCCUGGCAGAAGAAUUCCUUUUGAGGCAACGAGAUGAUGGGAGACAGGAACAGAAGGGGGCAGGGAUGUUCCAUGUGGUGACCGUGAAUUUCCCCGACUCUGACCGAGCCUCCUUGGAAAAUGCACAGAGGCAGCUUGGCAGGCAAAUCAAGGAAGAGGUUGGAGGGGACGGCCACUCAAUGGCUGAGGACGGGCACGUGGGUGAGAGUGAGCAGGCUGCUGCGUGGAAAAGCACGGGGCAAAUGGAGCCACAAGGGUCACUGCUGGGGAGAGCUGGAGAUAUUGGCAGGUUUCAGGAAGGGGAAGGUGUUUCUGAGACUCUGAACAGACCACAAGGGCCCCAGGGAAACACCCCGCAGGCUACAGAAGGGAGUGCUACUGGAGAGAAACCAACACUGUGUUCCAACUGUGGGGGAGCUUUCGAUCCCAGCACAGGGAUGCUUGGGCCAGAGCCAUUCAAAUGCUCUGUGUGUGACAAAACCUUCUGUCACGUGGCCAAACUCAUUGCGCACGAAAGGCUCCACACAGGUGAUUGGCCGUACAAGUGCUCUUUCUGCGGGAAAAGCUUCAAUCGCAGCUCGGAUGUCUCCCGCCAUGAGCGAAUCCACACAGGGGAGAAGCCGUUCCAAUGCACGACCUGCCAGAAAUGUUUCAGCCAGAGAUCGAAGCUGAUAGUUCACGAGAGAUUCCAUACGGGUGACAAGCCUCAUACAUGCUCUUACUGUGGGCGGAGCUUCCAUCAGCGGUCGGAUCUCGUGAAACACGAGCGUAUCCACACAGGGGAGAAGCCGUACAAGUGCUCCGAUUGUGGGGGGAGCUUCCACCGGAGCUCGGAUCUCGUCAAGCACAAGUGGAUCCACACAGGGGAGAGGCCAUACAAGUGUUCAACCUGUGAGAAAUGCUUCCGGCAGCGCUCAGCGCUUCUGUAUCAUGAGAGGACUCACACAGGAGAGAAACCAUACACAUGUUCAGCUUGCGGAAAGGGCUUCAGUUGCAAAGCACAUCUGGUGCUUCACAAACGGACCCACACAGGGGAGAAGCCUUACAAAUGCAAUUUCUGUGGGAAAAGCUUCACCACCAGUUCAUACUUUGUCAAACACCAAAGGAUGCAUCUGGGACAAGAACCGUUACCGAUGCACUGAAUUGAGGAAAGCCCACUGUGGUAAAGCAGAAACAUGCAAUCAGCAGAAACUUUUGUUGCCGGACUGUUCCACUUCAGUCUGGAGGAAGAGAACUGAAUCUUUGAAUGUUGCCUCUGCUGUCUAAAAAUCUCCUUGCACAUGCAAAACUAGCAUGUCAGGGAGACGGGUAGUAACCUAUCCUUUUUCCUGACAGGCCAGGUCCUUGUAAAUGAGGAUAUUUUUAUAUGGUUGGUGGGAAAAUGUUCAAAUGUUUCUUAACCUGCAGGUUUGAAGUGGUACCGCCCAGCAGCAGUGAUAACUUCAAUGAAAAAAGGUCUGCUGGCUGUCAAAAUUGGCUCUUACAUUUUGCAAUUACUAGAGAAGAAAAAAUAUAUUGCAUGGUGGGGGGAAUCCCUGUCAUUGCUUGUAGAUCAUCUUAUUCAUAUUAAUAAAGGCUACUUCAAAUGCUCUAAUUACAGGAAUCCUUAGCAACUAGAGAGCACUUUUGAGCAUCCCAAAACCUUUCCCCAAAAUUGUACAACCACCCAGUAUGGUAGGCCAGCAUUAUUAUCCUAGUAUUGCAUUUUGCAUCUCAAUAUUGCAUACUGCUGGAGACACAGGGUGGUGUAGUGGUUAGCGUUCCAGUCUAGGAGCUGGGAGAUCUGGGUUCAAAUCUCUGCUCUGCCAUGGAAGCUCACUCGAUGACUUUGGGCCAGUCACAUACGCUCAGCCUAACCUACCUCACAGGGUUGUUGUGAGGAUAAAUGGAGGCAAGGAUAAUGAUGUAAGCCUCUUUGAGUCCCCGUUGAGUAAAAUGGGCAGGAUAUAAAUGAAGUAAAUAAAUAUUAGGGGGGCAGUGGCUACGAGAGAGAAUGGGUGGCUUAAGGCCACCUAGUGUGUUCAUAGCAGAGGGGAAGAGUUGAACCCAGAACCUUUGGUUUUGCAGCCUAAUGUUACAUCUGUUCAUACGUCACUGAGCUAGUUAAAUUUAUAAAGUGAUCAGGCGUAGAGAAAGUGAACAGAAGCAAACAUUUCUCAGUCUCCACUAAUACAGAAUCUGAGAGUUACCCAGUGAAUCACUGUGGGAGAUGAAAGUGGGAGAACACACCACCAUGUCUCUCUACCUACUUGGGUGGGGACUCCCUAGGCGAGCAGCAAAAUGUGGCUUUGUAAAUUAACCAAAAGAUGACGACAAAGGAAACCAAACAGCCCUGUGAAGACUCAGGGCCAAGCUACACAUGACGAAUGACACUUGAAUGGCAAGUGGAUUGAGUGGAGGGCAAGUGAACAGGGAGAAAUACACUUGCUGUUCAAGUGUCAUUCGUCAUGUGUAGCUUGGCCCUCAGUAUCCUGACUGAGGAGGCACUUGAAUGUUGAGGGUCAUUUAUGGGAGAUGGGGGGGAAAUGGGCCUGGGUUUCCAAAUUGUCCCCCCACCCCACUACUCAUGAUUCCUCAUGAGCUUGUGCUUAACAAUGAAAUGUAUUUUAUUUAUUGAGUGCUUAAAAACAUGUACACUGUACAAAACGUACAAGAAAGCCAGGCUAACCCACACAGGCUUAAGAUACAGUAUAUGUAACACUGACCAAAUUAAAAAACAACUUGGAACCAGAGGGAGAAAUGAAAACUGUAUGGUAAAAGCUUUAUUGGGAAGGAAACUUACUGGCAGUAGUAGAUGUCGAAAGGAAGUGUUUUCUUUACACCUUGCACAAUUAAAGUUCCAAGCACUUACUUGGAAGUAAGCCCCUAAUCUGUGGAUUAGAUUUUAAUCAUGCCUUCCCUCCAUGGAGCACAGCUUUGUAUAAGUGGCUGAACUUGGUGAGACUUACUUCCAGGUAAACAUGCAUUAAUUUCAGGGUGUCCGUUUAAGAAGUGUUCAUAGCAUCAAACUCAGACAAUUCAUGGAAGUUAGCUCUGCCAAUGGCUGUUUGUCGUGAUAACUUAAGGAACCUCCAUAUUCAGAGGCAGUGUAUCUUUGAAUAUCAGGUUCUGGGAACAGACAAAAGAAGCCUUGCUUGUGGGUUUCUUUGAAACCUCUGGUGCUGAAACAUAGCAGAACAGCAGCUAUACUGGGUCAGACCAAUGGUCCAUCUAGUCCAGCAUCCUGUUCCAUACAGUAGCUAACCAGUUGCCCGGAAGAGCAUAGAAGAAAGGCAGUGGUCCUGUAAGGCAGUUUUUGAAAGAACCCAGUAAGUAGGAAACCCGACCGACUUAAUAGUGAUUAGGGUUGCAGUGUUUCGUUGAUAAAUCAGUUCAGAAACUUCCAAAAGCUUAUUAAACUUGUCCCCUGACUAAGCAGGGGCCAUUUUAAAAAGAGGCAUUCUUCCUUUUUUUUCUACUUCUAAAUUGAUGCCUGUUACUUUCUGCCUCCCCCCUUCCAGCUUGGGGUGAUAGGAUUGGGGAGAAGGAGGUGAACAGGCACAGAACGUCUCAGAACACUUGUAUGGUGGUGCACCUGCUGGGCCUUGUCUGCUUCAGUGCAAAACAAAACUCAUCCCACCUCCAAGACAAUAUAUCAGACUUUGAAAUCCGCAAGACUUACAUCUGAGUAGCUUGAACCAGAAAUCGCAUCCUUGUCCCUCAAAAAUCGGUUUUUACAUGUGUACAGACUUAUGCGAAUUGAAUUGGUGGAUUAAAUCAACAAACACUCCUCCGUUGAAUUGACCUAAGGUUUCUUGAAGUGGGUGACACUCCUCUUGAUCACAACAAGAUAUAUUUCAUGCUCAGGACUUUGGGCUGAUGCUCGCUCUCAUUUUGCUAGGCCUGCUUUUCUAAAUUGGAUAAGCCAAGAGAUUGGUGUGGAGUGUGUGCGUGUGUUUUUCCACUUCAGGAGAAAAAAAGCAGUGAAAUAUUAGCAAGAACUGUUUUAUGAGCAUGCAGAUAUGGGCAGCCUGGCUUCAUACCUGAGAUGGGGAGGGGGGCCUGUGCGUGCACCCAUUUCAUUAUAGUUACUUGACGUUACUGCAUUGUGGACAGUGGGAACCAGCUCCAGAGUGCUAAAAUUAUUGAGCUUUUGAAUUUUUAAAACUGAAAUCUCAGAAUGGUUAACAGUUUUGUUGUUUAACACGAUCAUGGUGAACUGAGACUCUCGCCUCAAGUAAACUACUGCUUCCAGAUGGACUCCAUGAGGAAAACGGCUGGUGAAAAGCUGUUUGUGACUGAAAUCUCUUAUGGCUUACGGUAAAGGCAUGUUCCCACAUAUGGGAAUUCAGCCCUUGUGGGGAAAGCAGAGACUGAAUAAAUAUAUAUGUGGGCAUAACGUAGAUUAUAUUCUAAAAAUUGAACAAACUGGUGGGCCUCUAAAAUGGCUGCUGCCAGGAGACUUGUUUCUAUUUAUGAACACACACUUUGGCUAAGGGCUCUUGAAUCUUCUUCUCCCCAGUGUUAACAGCAAUGGUGGCUUUGGCCAAAGCCUCCCACUUUCACUCCCUCACCUGUUCUUUGCCAUUUCCCUCCAUCUUGGCUUGCAAAAUCUGAGGAGAAGAGGCUUCAAGGACGCCUGUUGUGUCUUGUGAGGGAAAAGCCUCUGAGGGGUGGUAUAAAAAAAAACCUUGGAAUUAACAAACUGAGGAGGAGGGAGAAGAAGUAAGACAAACCCUGGAGACCAGAGCAAAUCCUCCAGUUGGCACUCCCAAUGGUGCAAAUUUCUUGUAGUAUUGUGAUGAAAACUAAUUUUCGUCUUUCUAAAUGCCUUUUUGGCCUGAUUCUCAUGUCAGAAAAUGAGAUGGUAGUGCCCUGAGGCAGUCAAAAAGACUGCAUUGCUUUGAUGGAUUCCAACAAUGAAAGUUCCUCAGCAUUAAUUUAAAAAGAAGCAAAUCCUUCCUUGCAAUUAGAAAACUAGCAUCACAAGGAGAAAAGGUUAUUUAGUUUCCAUAUUGGUUUUCUGCUUGUAGGGGGAUUGUUAACCUAGCAGAACAUUCCAAACUGUCAUCUGUCACCAAUAGACUGAAGUGGUCCCCAUCUUUUCUAUACCCUCAGGGCUCAACCAGCUCUUUUUCCUGCAUGUGAGCCUGAGUUGAUGGAAGAUUUCAGAACACUACAUGUAUGUGCUUUGAGGAGGGAAAAAAUGCAUGGGUAAAUUUUAAUCACUGUCUCUGUGUUGAAGAUUCUAUGUUUAUGCUGUGUUUUAUUAUGUAUAUAACCUUGCACAUUUCUAUGCCUUGAUGGACUGAGUAUGUAUGUGGUCAACAAUGCCAUUCAGGUAGCCAUGACUUUUGAACAUGCAGCUAUGCAACCCUGGACAUUUUUUGGCUUGUGAUAUUGACUGCUUCCCAACCUCAUGUCUGUCCUUCUUCCCCACCCACCCCCCUUGGACUCAAAGCCUGAUUUUACCAAAGAACACUCUGCCUUAUUCCAACCUUUUAAAUAUGUCUGCAAAAGUUACUAGUCCUCAAAAAACAAAUCCUUUCCCAUAUGUAACCUGCAUUGUUUGUGACACAUCAGGGGUACAGGAGGAAAUACUGAAAGGAACAACUCUUUUCCGUUUUUUCACAAACAUCCCUGCUGGCUCACCUUGAAGAGUUUAAACUUGCCGUAGGUGACCAAGCAAAUAACUAAACUUAGACGUCUGCCUUACUUCACAAGUACUUGAACGUAUAGCAGUGUGUGAACUCUCUCCAGCUUGUAGGGGAUGCUGCAGAUACUCCACCUGGAAUAGUUUCUUGGCAUCCCAAAGACGUUUGUGUGCAGUGCGUGGUAGCUUUCUGUGUCUGUCUUCUGGCCUGUAGUGUUUUUGUUUUAGCAACAGGUGCAUGUAAAAUAAUUUGCUGCACCUUCUUUUAUUAAUAUCCUUGUGGAGGAACAAAAUCCCAAUGGAUUCUGGGAAAGGAGAUGUGGAGAAAAUGGACUCGUUAUCUCUUCAAUACAAACGCUGGCAUUGCAAGUGCAACUAUGUUCUUUGUGUUGAUGGAUUGGAACUUACAACUACGAAGUCACCUUUACAGUAGUGGUUGUAUCAGAAGUCGUGAAGUGGUGGCCCUCCCAGGUCUCCUUCAUUCCCUUCUCUGCUUUCCUGUUUUUUGCCUGAUAAAUUAGUUUUGAUGUGACUCAAAUUUGCAUGUUUAACUAAGCCAUUGAACUGGAGGGGGGAUGUGCCUGAGAUCGGCCACAUGAGUUUUGAUGUCACAGGCAGGUACCAUCUGGAGCUUGUUGACCUUACAAAACAGUGUUUUGCGGGGAAAGCCUUUAUUUUGGUUCUGCGGCAGAACUGUCUGUGAAAGAUGCAUGCCUAAUGGACAGCCUGUCUUUUGCUUUCCAACUUGAAUGGAAAAUACUCUCAAGAUCUGAUACCCUGCCGUCUCUGGCUGGUCACAGCUUUGGGGGCAGUGCUAACUAGUGGUUUUAAUGUUUAUGAUUGUCUUGUGCGCCAGUUUUGUGUGCCUGUUUAUGCCAUUUUCUUGAAAUAAACGUUCCUUUGAUUAAGCGCCCCA